AUGGGGGUCUGGAACUCGGGCAGCGGUAUCUUCCUAAGUCUUUGGGGAACAUACGUGUCUCCAAGAAGCCCUGGAUGGAUGGACUUUAUCAAACAUUUGGGAGUUUGUUGUUUUGUUGCUUUCAUUUCGGCCGGCCUCCUCUCAGUUGCCUUCUCCUGGUUUCUGUCCUCAUCUGUAGUCUUCACCACCUCCUGGGUGAUCCUGUGUGUUCUGCUGUGCUGCUCCAAGCACGUGAGAUGUUUCAUUCUCCUCUUCUUCCUCUCCUGUGGCCUGCGUGAAGGCAGGAACGCUUUGAUCGCAGCUGGCACAGGGACAGUCAUCUUUGGACACGUGGAAAAUAUCUUCCACAACUUUAAGGGUCUUCUGGACUGUAUGACUUGCAACCUAAGGGCAAAGAGCUUUUCCAUACAUUUGCCACUUUUGAAAAGGUAUAUUGAAGCAAUUCAGUGGAUUUAUGGCCUUACUACUCACCUAGAUCUAUUUGAUGAUCUUGUUUCUUGGAAUCAGACCCUGGCAGUCUCUCUUUUCAGUCCCAGCCAAGCCCUGGAGGCACAGCUAAAUGACACUAAAGGUGAAGUCUUGGGGGUCUUGUACCAGAUGGUGACCACAACAGAGAUGCUGUCCUCCCUGGGACGCCAGCUACUUGCCCUUGCAGGGCUUUUGCUGGUGCUGCUAGGCACUGGCCUCUUCAUGAAGCGAUUUCUGGACCCUCAUGGUUGGAAGUUUGAAAACAUCUACAUCACCAGGCAGUUUGUUCAGUUUGAUGAAAGGGAGAGGCAUCAACAGAGACCCUGUGUCCUGCCAUUGAAUAAGAAGGAAAGGAAGAAAUUCAUUUCUGGCUUCCGGUCCUGA